UUGAGAGGUCACAUUUCACUACCGGCAACAGCGCGUACCGCCUGUGAAGUCCAGACGGCGUCUGUUCGGAAGACAGCUGACACAGUCACCACGUCCUCUCUCAACCCGAAGUUCUACAAAAUGGCGCGUUUCUUCACGUUCUGUGUCCUUCUCUCCUUCAUGAUCUGCCUAACGGUCUCUAAGUCGGCUAAGAAGAACAAAGACCCUGAGUUCGAGGCCUUCAAGAAAGAAAAUAAGAAGGAGAAGUGGAGUCACGUGGAGGAGGGCCUUCACGCCGAAGCUUUCGACCUCAUCGCUUCUGGGGAGACUUUGACGUUUGAGAGAAAGUUGGAUGACAAGUUCGGGUGCAUCUUCACGUACGCGGUAAAACCUGGCGGAGUGCCGACUGAGGAAUGGAGACUGACCAUGACAAUGAGCCCCGAUGCAACCGCAUAUUCCUGUCAGCUUAGGGUAGAAAGGAAUGAGCAGAGGUCAGACCUGAUGUUUGAGCACUUCCAGCUGAAGGUGGACGGACAUCAGCGCUACGGUUACAGUGACUGCCAUAGAAGCGAGGAGGUGAGCCUGGACAAGUCUGAGUGGACUGUGGACGAGACAGCGCUGAAAGUUUCUAGCGUCCCCGAAAAGUUUGGCGGAAAAGUGUCUGCAGUCUUCUUGGUGACGGCAAUACACGUGGACCACGAUGAGCUGUGACGUCACAGAAGUCAUCUCAAGACCAUCAACGUUUUUUCUGUAGUUCUAAAAAAUAUGCAACAGUAAUGAUAAUACUGGGAUUUUUAUUCUGGCAAUCAGACUGACAUGCAAUCUCACAAAGUAGUGAAUGUUAGGGUUAAAUCUCAGAGGGAAAGAGAUGGCUUCGUGUCCAUUACUAAAAUCACGUUACAACCUUGUAUUAUGUACCUAUUUGUACUCCAUUACAUUAGUGCAUUUGCACGUUAUGUCAUAUAGUAUACGGAGCAGGUUUUGGUAUAAGCAGUACUGAUAGCAAUAUUCUUCAACAAAAAAGUGUAAUUAAAGUUCUGUUUUGACUGAAAAAUGUACUGAGCUGCUAUGGAAGCCUGUGGAAAAAGUAACCGCAUCAUUGCACUGUGGAAAGAUAGAACUCACUGUUACCAGUGGAUAAAACGCAAAGAUGUACCGUAGUUCUGAUGCACGCAUGCCUUGUGAGAUUACCUUGUUUCCGACAAUAAAUGUUUGCACCUUUCUA